CUUUUCCAUUCCCACGAGCACUUGGUCCAAUUGAUCACGACGACACUGACCUCAGUACAAGUAUAACUGUAUGGGCAGAUUUCCUCUCUGAACGACAUAGCUUUCACGACGCUUCACCAGUCAUGCCGAUAUCUUCUUUCACCUCAACGAAAUCUACACCGUCGUCUGGGCCUUCAAAAGCCGAUAUGAAACCUCUGUACCAAGUAAAACUCUUGUCAGCACUUCGCAGUGGGGACCCUUCCCUUAUACACCCAUUCUUGAACGAGAUCAGCAGGGAUAAACGUAAAUCGACCGAUGGAGAUCUUGACACUGGCGCUGCAGCGUUGCAUUUGGCCAUAAGAUGUGGUUCUGUGGAAACGAUACGGUUACUUUUAUCUCAUCGUGCAAUAUCGCCUAAUGGUAUUCACCCUACGUCAUCUGGAACGACGGCACUACACCUUGCUGCUUCUCUCGGCAGAGUCGAUGUUGUCAACCUGCUAUUAGAACAAGAUGGGAUCAAUGACGCUCUCCAAGAUGAUCAUGGUCGUACUUGCAGGGAAGUGGCGAAAGAAAAGGGGGUAAUACGUGCUAUCGACGAUUCACGCGAAUUUCUCAAUGCAUCUUAUCGCUCGUUACUUCAUAGCUACAUUAUGUCGCCGCCAUCUUCCCAGCCCUCCCCAACCUUGCUAGGUCUCCUUGAGUCUUCACGGGUUCGAUUCGUCGAUUUAUCUUAUCUCGACGACGAUUCCGGGACUUCCUUAUUGCAUGAGGCGGCUAAACGAAAGGAUUUACGUCUCAUCGAGCUUGCUGUUCGAGCGGGGGCAGACGUUUUUAUCAGGGACAGACGUGGUAAAGUCGCAUACGAGGGAGCCGGAAAAGAUGAUAGGGUCAGGGUUUUCUUGCGCCAAUUCGCCAAUCACGACGCCACCCUCAUUGAGACAACCUUCGCAGAGCCACUAAUGCUCAAGGGAUAUCUCAACAAGUACACCAAUGUCGCCAAAGGCUACAAUACACGCUGGUUCGUUCUUCGCGAUGGCGUACUUUCGUAUUAUCGCCAUCAGGAGGACGAGACGAUUGCGAGUCGCGGUUCAAUCUCCAUGAGAUCGGCUCUCCUGAAGAUUCCUUCCGGACGUUCAGACAAAAUUCAUUUCGAGGUUCACUCAACGCCUAGCAAAGGUCAUACUUCGAUACAGAAAUGGUACUUGAAGGCAAAUCAUCCUGUCGAGGCCGCGAGGUGGGCACAAGCGAUCGGGAAAAGCAUUGAAUGGUACAAGAGGGAAGGAAACAGUUCUGGACCGAGUGGCACAGAAGGAGAUGUUGAACGCAACACCCGCAGUGGAGUACAAUGCGCCGUUUCCAAGGUACCCUCCAAUGCCAGUAAACGGUCGAGUCAAGAAAGUGAACGGCCCCACGGCCAUAGCCAUACCCCCUCACCUUCCAUUGGCGCCGACUCUUUACUGAGCUUCACUGGUGUAAGGUCUAAAGUUUCUGCUCCUUCGAUAGAAUCCAUGGGACGCAGCUUGAGCGGUCGGAGCCUCAAGAAAACUAUCAGCAAAGACCGCAGUGCUCCCCGGGACUCACACUUGGAAGGUUUUGCCGGAUCUCAUCUGCUGGACUCACGGGACACCGAUUGCGGUGUCGUAACGGAUGCCGAAAGUGGGGCAUUUGUCAAUGAUGACUUAGAAUCAGUCGACGACGGCACCUCUUCCGAGAGGAGCGCAGAAGCUCUUCCUCACGAGGGGAGUUUUGAACUUCAUGGAAAUGCCAUAGCCGCGCAGAUUGAACUGACUGAGCAAUUACUUUACCAUGUCGGUACCGAAAACGCUCAAGGCAAGGAGUUAGAUGCGUUCAAGGAGUCGCACACCUUAGUACAAGGAAUGAUUAGUGAGUAUAUGCAGAUGACGAAAGAAAGGGAGAACUGGUACAGGCAUAAAUUGGAUGCAGAGAGACAACGCCAGAAGGUAUGGGAAGAGAGUCUGGCUACUGUUGUCCAGGAAGGUGAAAUUCUAGAAAACGAGCUUAGAAUGCGGAGUAGGAGACGGGGAAGUAGGUUCUUCGACACUGGCUUCGGCUCCGUGGAUGGGGUGAACACCUUGAAGGGUAGAAAAAUGUCGUACUUCGCGGGCAAACUCGGUGAAGACCGCGAUCCAAGCUUCUUUAGAGGCUCUGUCUCGCGAGGUUCUCUACUCAAGACCCCAGUACAAUCUCCCGGCAUAGUAGGUCUUCCGGAAGUACCUACUCCACAAACUACGCAAAUAGGCACCGCGGGCACUGAGGACGUGUUCACUUCUACCUCCCCUGAGGCAGGCAUGGAUGAUACCGAUGAUGAAGAUGAAUUUUUCGACGCUAUAGAGGCAAAUGCGCUACCGAAUUUGGUGGUUCCGGAAGAGUUGAGGAGCCCCACACAUUCUGUCGAAGAAUCUGUCAUCUCAGAAGAGCUUACGAUGUCCCUUGUCGGGUAUCAAAAUUUACGGGCGAGGUUGGAGAUCAUAGCCGAGCGACCACCCACUAGCCUGUGGUCGGUGCUCAAGCAUAGCAUCGGGAAAGAUUUGACAAAGAUUAGUUUUCCUGUAUUCUUCAACGAACCCACCAGUAUGCUUCAGCGCAUGGCUGAAGAUAUGGAGUUCUCUGAAUGCUUGGACGCCGCCGCACAUCAUAAGGAUCCCCAUCGUCGCAUAGCGUUUGUAGCGGCUUUUGCAAUGUCAAAUUACUCUUCUACGAUUGGACGCAUCGCUAAACCUUUCAACCCUAUGCUGGGUGAAACGUUCGAAUAUGUACGUCUCGACAAAAACUAUCGUUACUUUUCCGAGCAAGUUAGCCAUCACCCGCCCAUCUCUGCUUGCUGGGCAGAAGCACCUAGCUGGAACUAUUACGGUGAGAUCGAUGCACAAAACAAAUUCAUGGGGAAGUCGUUUGAGAUCCGUCCGACAGGCGUCGCGCAUGCAGAGUUGUUACUUCCCCAGGACUGGGCACCUGGGCAUCCUGAAGCUCCGAGGAUCAGUGAAUACGGUAGGAGGGAAGGCAAGGUGGUUGAACACUACACAUGGAAGAAAGUGACGUCAGCCGUUUCCGGUUUCAUCCUUGGUUCACCCACCAUAGAUCAUUAUGGUGACAUGAUUAUCACCAAUCAUCGCACCAAAGACACUUGCAUUCUAACAUUCAAACCACGAGGAUGGCGAGGCAAAGACGCCUACGAAAUCAGUGGGCGCGUUAUGGACUCCAAGGGAAAUACUGUCCUCGAAAUAGCGGGGAGAUGGAAUUCACAACUCAUCGUUCGAGAUGCCGGAACGUGGUCUGGAGACCUCAAUCCUGAUAUGCCGGUCAGCGAUAACAGUGGACUCGCAUCACCUUCAUCGUCUCCUGAAUACUUCCUUCUCUGGAGAAAUUCAGAGAAACCUGUUGGAUCACCGUUUAACCUUACGCCAUUCGCUUUGACUCUCAAUGACUGUCCCAAGGAAACAUUGAAGCCUUAUUUGUGUCCGACGGAUUGUCGCUUACGUCCUGAUCAACGCGCAUUUGAGCUUGGAUAUUAUGAACCGGCGAACACAUUAAAGCAGGAGCAAGAGGAAAUGCAACGUGCAACUCGACGAGCAAGAGAGAAAGGCGAGAUUCCACCCCAUAAACCUAGAUGGUUCAGGGCUGAGACAGACAGUGACAGUGGAGAACGUGUAUGGGUCCCAGCCCGAGUUGAUGGUAAUCUCGAGUACUGGCAAGAACGUCAGAGCGUUUGGAGGGAGAAACAAAGUGGCUCCAAGGAAGCUAAGUGGAAGGCCGUCGACCCUAUAUUCAUUAAUGAACCCGACUUUCUGCGAUGAAUCAUACACCAUUGUAAUCAUACAUUUUUGGAUCAAUUCUAAUACAUGGAAGAUGUGCAAAGGGCUGUAAAAGGUUCAGACUCAUCUUCAUAUUGCAUAUCA